UGUAACCAAAGACUUGGCUGAUCCCAGCGGAUCGCCCUGCCUGGGGGACUGCCGUUGGUGGUUGAAAGCCCGGGUCCGGGUGACCGAUACGCAACAUUGGUCGCGGCGGCGGCGGCGGCAGGACAAAUGAGAGACCUGACGCUCGAGGGGGCACUUUAGGGGAGAACUCGACCUGCGGACUGGGGGAAGGAGAAGGAGAGGAAGCGGGAGGCUGCCGGGAGAGACCCCGAGGAAGAGACCACGAGCAAUCUGCGGUGGAUGUUGGUGGCAGCGAGACGAAUGCGAGAUAAACAAGCGGAGGCACGGGAAGCCGGAGCCAGGGGCAUGUUCCACUGCAACGUUCCCGAUCUGGCUGACGCCGCUGCCCGAGGACAAGUGGAGACGGUGCGGCAGCUCCUGGAGGCUGGAGCGGAUCCUAACAGUGUCAAUCGUUUUGGGAGGCGGCCGAUCCAGGUGAUGCAGAUGGGCAGCACGGAGGUGGCGGAGCUGCUGCUGCAGCACGGCGCGGAGCCCAACAGCCCGGACCCUACCACGCUCACCCAGCCCGCUCACGACGCCGCCCGCGAGGGCUUCCUGGACACCCUGGUGCUGCUGCACGGGGCCGGGGCGCGGCUGGACGUCCCGGACGCCUGGGGCCGCCUCCCCGUCGACCUGGCUCUCGAACAAGGGCACCACCACGUCACCAGAUACCUGCGCGGCGCAUUCGGGUUUGAAGGCAGCUGAAGCACCUUUCCAGCCCACCGAAUCCCCCGUUU